GAGUCGCGGGCACGGCCGGGCCUGGAGCGAGGGGGAGCGGUCGGCCUUGCCGGGACGAGGGAGCGGGCUGAGCGGACCAUCUGGGAAGCGCAAUGAGUGUCAAGGCCUUCAAGCUGGUCCCCGCAGUUGAGCGGGAAAUGCUGAUGGGCGACAAAGCUCGGAUCAACAUUGAAUGCAUUGAAUGCUGUGGGAAGAACCUGUACAUCGGAACCAACGACGGCUCCAUUUAUCACUUCCUCUUGGAAGAAAAGAACUCCCCAGAUGAAAAAACAAGUUUUACUGUCACCAAACAGCUGCACAAAUACCUAAGCGUGAGAAAGGCCGUGGGCGAGUUGAAAGCGGCUUCGGCGCUCAACAGGCUUCUGGUGCUUUGCGACAGUGCCAUCAUGCUUGUGAACAUGAUGAACCUGGAACCCAUCCCCACGGGGGCUCGAAUCAAGGGAGCGGUGACGUUCACGUUGAAUGAGAACCCCGUGAGCGGGGACCCGUUUUGUGUCGAGGUGUGUAUUGUUUCAGUCAAACGGAGGACCAUCCAGCUGUUCUUGGUAUACGAGGACAGAGUCCAGAUCGUGAAGGAGGUUUUCACUCAGGAGCAGCCCUGUGCCGUGGCUGUGGACGGCCACUACUUAUGUCUCGCCCUCACCACCCAGUACAUUAUACUGAAUUACAAUACCGGAGCCUCCCAGGAUCUGUUUCCGUACUCCAGUGAAGAGAGGCGACCGAUUGUGAAAAGAAUAGGCAGACAAGAAUUCCUGUUGGCCGGACCUGGAGGAUUAGGUAUGUUUGCAACUGUUGACGGCAUCUCCCAGCGGGCUCCUGUUCACUGGUCGGAAAACGUGAUUGGGGCUGCCCUCUGCUUUCCUUACGUAGUCGCUCUCGAUGAGGAGUUCAUCACAGUUCACAGCAUGCUGGACCAGCAGCAGAAGCAGACUCUGGCCUUUAAGGACGGUCACAUCCUGCAGGACUUUGAAGGCAAAGUUAUUGUGGCGACCACUAAAGGGGUAUACAUCUUGGUGCCGCUGCCACUGGAAAGACAGAUCCAGGAUCUUUUGGCCAGCCACAGAGUCGAAGAAGCUCUGGUGUUAGCAAGGGGAGCGCGAAGAAAUAUUCCAAAAGAAAAAUUUCAGGUAAUGUACAAGCGAAUCCUGCAGCAAGCAGGCUUUAUACAGUUUGCACAGCUUCAGUUCCUAGAAGCAAAAGAACUUUUCAGAAGCGGCCAGCUUGAUGUCCGGGAGCUGAUCUCUCUCUAUCCCUUCCUGUUGCCUGCUUCCUCUUCCUUCAUCCGGUCUCAUCCUCCUCUCCACGAAUAUGCCGACUUAAACCAGCUGACCCAAGGGGAUCAGGAGAAGAUGGCCAAAUGCAAGCAGUUCCUCAUGAGCUACUUGAACGAAGUGCGCAGCACUGAUGUCGCAAAUGGCUACAAGGAAGAUGUCGAUACGGCUUUACUGAAGCUCUAUGCGGAGGCCAAUCACGAGAGCCUUCUAGACUUGCUGGCCUCAGAGAAUUUCUGUAUUCUCACAGAUAGUGCCACGUGGCUGGAAAAGCACAAAAAAUUUUUUGCACUCGGACUCCUGUAUCAUUCAAACGGUCAAGAUGCAGCUGCACUGCAGUUAUGGGUAAAAAUUGUCAAUGGGGACAUCCAGGAUUCCACGCGCACAGACCUCUAUGAGUAUAUCGUGGACUUCCUUACUUCCUGCUCGGACCAUGAACUGGUCUGGAAGUAUGCCGAAUGGCUGUUACAGCAAAGUGAGGAGAUUGGCAUAUACGUUUUUACUAGAAGGCCGCAGGAAGAAGGACAGGAUAACAGCUUUAACCCAGACGACGUCAUGAGCUGCCUUAACAAAUACCCCAAAUCACUAGUAAAAUACUUAGAGUUUUUAGUCCUAGAAAGAAGAAUACAGAAGGAAAAGUACCACACCCACCUAGCGGUGCUGUACCUGGAGAAAGUGCUCAACCUGAAAUCGCUCGAGGCAGAAAGGAACGAAGAGCUGUUUGAAACGAAGGCGAAGCUGCAGAGUCUCCUGCGAGAAUCUGACCUUUAUAGGACUCGCUUUAUUUUAGAUAAAAUCAGUGGCUCAGAUCUUCAUAUGGAGUGUGCAAUAUUGUAUGGGAAACUGGAAGAGCACGACAAAGCUUUACAUAUCCUCGUCCACGUAUUGAAGGACUUUGCUGCUGCCGAGGACUACUGUGUGUGGAAUUCCAAGAACAGAGGCAUUCUUUACCGACAGAAACUGUUCCAUAUGCUGCUUACAGCAUACCUGAAUUCCAGCUCAGCAGAACAUGAACUGGUCAUGGCUGCUGUGGAUCUCCUAAACAGUCAUGCGGCUGACUUUGAUGCUGCCCUUGUUUUGCGGCUUCUCCCUGACAGCUGGUCAGUGCAGCUUCUCUCCUCUUUCCUGGCUGGAGCAAUGAGGGAAAGUAUCCAUUCUCAGAGAAUGUCUCAGAUUGCACUGGGAUUGGCAAAAGCCGAGAACUUAAUUUACAAGCACGAGAAGGUAAAACUAAAAGGAGACACCACUGUUCUGUCAGACAGAAAACUCUGCCAGGUGUGUCAGACUCCCUUUUGUGAGCCUGCCUUUGUCAGGUACCCGAAUGGCAGUGUGGUCCACACCCACUGUGCUGCAGGCAGACUUGUGACUUCCAACACAAACCGCCACUUCUCCAGCCCCAGCGGAAGGACAUGAAAUGUACCCGGAAGGGUGCCAGGGUGCUGGAGUGGUUGCCCUUUGGGGAAACCAGAGAGAGUCAGCUGGACACAACGGCAAGCGGAAGAGAUGAGAUUGCCCCGGGGAAUAACAAGAAGACUUGAGUCAAUGUGAAACAGGGCCACUUAAACCUGCUGAUCCUUUUUGUGAAUGUAGACGGCACAAGAAAUUGCAAACUUGUUUUCUUUAUCACGUAAUAAGCAAAUGCAGUAAAGAUGUUAGGGAGGGGAAGGGAGCCAACAUACCCUCAUAAAAUUAAACCUUGCACUGAACUUGGUGAUCGACUGGCGUUGGAAGAAGAGGGGCUGAAGAGGAAAGACAACUUUUCGCCACACAGUUGAUUUGGGGGGGGGAUGGGGGUGGCUUCUCUCUCUUGAAUAAAUGGUAUGAAGCAGCACUUUCUUGAGAGCAGAACAGACACGCAGUUGUGGAUUUAAAUUUUGCCUGCCAUGCGGCAUCGUGAACUUUUGUUCUGUGCUCUUCAUACUAUUGGGAUUCGAUGCACUUUUGAGCCUUUGUACGCCUGCCUUCUCUGCCAUUUAUUACAGACCGUACAAAAGCACUGACUCUGGGUAAUUCCUGCUCAUUUCGGAAGUUAAAGGGAAGCAGGACAAUGGCAGCACCGGGCGGGGGGGCGCGGGGGCGGUGAAGAGCCCUACACCUUUUUUCUGACACUAAUCACAAGAAU